UUCCUCUAAAACCAACUUCACAACUCACAGAAAAGAGUUAUUAGCUGUUCAAAGUUAUAGACAACAUGUCUUUCAUUAACAACUCUUUCUUUGUUAUAGUUUCUAUUCUUUCUCUUUUGGCUUUUUCAAGCAAUGCACAACUUUCUCCCUCCUUUUAUGCCAGAACUUGCCCCAACCUUCAAACCAUAGUGCGCAGUACAAUGAGACAAGCCAUUGCCAGAGAAGCUAGGCUUGGUGCCUCUAUUCUUCGCUUGUUCUUUCAUGAUUGCUUUGUACAAGGCUGUGAUGCAUCGAUUCUACUGGACGACACUGCAACAUUCACAGGAGAGAAAAACGCGUUUCCUAACAGAAAUUCAGCGAGGGGCUUCGAAGUUAUUGACACCAUUAAAACCAACGUUGAAGCUGCUUGCAAUGCCACUGUGUCUUGUGCUGAUAUUCUUGCACUUGCCACAAGAGAUGGAGUAGUUCUGCUAGGAGGACCCUCAUGGACAGUGCCUCUAGGAAGAAGAGAUGCAAGAACAGCAAGUCAGAGUGCAGCCAACAGCCAAAUCCCUGGACCUUCCUCAGACCUCUCUACACUGAUAACCAUGUUUGCAAACAAAGGUCUGACAGCAAGAGACCUAACAGUGCUCUCAGGAGGCCACACAAUUGGCCAAGCACAGUGCCAAUUCUUCAGAAAUCGCAUAUACAACGAAACCAACAUUGAUCCUAACUUUGCCACCACAAGAAGGGCCACUUGUCCUGUUUCUGGAGGGAACACCAACCUGGCCCCUCUUGACACCGUCACACCAACCCGUUUUGACAACAAUUACUACACUAAUCUUGUGAAACAACGUGGCCUUCUCCACUCUGACCAAGUGCUUUUCAAUGGUGGCUCUCAAGAUGCCCUUGUGAGGACCUACAGUGGCAAUUCUGUUGCCUUUUUCAGGGACUUUGCUGCUGCCAUGGUGAAGAUGGGCAACAUUAGUCCUCUCACUGGGACCAAUGGAGAGAUUAGAAGGAACUGCAGGGUGCUGAAUUGAUCAUAAUAUGGCAAUAAUAAUAGUAAUAAUGAUCAUCAUCAUCAUCAUCGUGCUUAUGCCGUUUUUUCCAUGUUUGUGUAGCUGAUGAUCACCAUAAUAAGUAGAGGAUCCAUCAGCAUGGUGUUAGAAGUAACGUGUUUUAGAGAUGAAGAAAUUUUAGUGAUUAAUUACGAGGUUGUGGUCGAAAGUUGACUACAUCUUUCUUGUAUCGAGGUCUAUAUAUUAUAACAUGUUAGUGUCUUUUUUGGUUA